AUGGAAGAAUCAACAUCUAAGCUGACAAAAGCCAUCUCAGAGCCCAUAGCUGCCCUGGAAGAUGGGCUCAAAAAGAUCAAUCUGUCCAUCCCAUUAAAGAAAGCAAAGUCAGUCAAGAGGGUUGAGUGGUCACGUGACACUGUUGACAAUGAGCACUUGGGCCAUCGCUCAUCCAAAUGUUGCAGUGUUUAUGAGAAGCCACAUGUUUUUGAUGAGAGCUCCUCAGAAAGCGAAAGAGAAGAUGAAGACAAUUGUCAUGUACUCUGUGCCUGGGGUCAUGAGAAGGGCCGCCGCUGUCCUGUUCAUUCAAGUGACAUUGCUAGCGCUUCAUCUCCAAAGCCUCAAGGCCCAUCUGAAGAAUCCCUCCUUUCCUCCAUUAAAGAAUAA